GUUUGUGACUUUGAGACUGUAUGCCGUCAGGGACAAAGUACACCAAAAGGAAGUACGAUAUUUUUGUUGAAUAUUGUCCAAUCGAAGAAUAAUAAUCACAGACGGUGGGCUAGAACAUUGGAAAACAUGUUGCCAACACUAAAGAUUGCGGACAUAAACAAGAACAUAACUUGUCCAUUAUGCAAAGGAUAUCUUAUUGAUGCUUGUACGAUUGUAGAAUGUCUUCAUUCAUUUUGUAAAAGUUGUAUUGUACGAUAUUUGGAAAGCUCAUAUGACUGUCCAGUUUGCAAUACUGAAGUGCACAAAACUAAACCUUUGGUCAAUGUAAGACCAGAUCCAACUUUACAGGAUAUCGUUUACAAAAUGGUUCCUGAUUUAUAUGAAAAGGAAUGUUUGAGUCGAAAUACGUUUCAAACAAACGAGAAGUGCAAAGAAAAUCAUGGGGAUAAAAACUAUAACAUUGAUGCUCUUUCAAAAAAGAAAACUACACAAAAUUCUGACGCUGUAUAUGUCACACUCCAUCAUCACCAACGAAAUGUUUUGAAGAAUAAACAGCGAAAGAUCUUUCCAACGCGGUACUUGCGGUGCUCAAAGCAUGUUCCUGUUCGAGUACUAAAGAAGCUUAUUGAAAUGAAAUUUGAUGUUAAGAGAAAAUGGGAGGUUGAAAUAACGCGUUGUGAUGAAAUUCUAAGCGAAAAUUUAAGUCUCAAAGAGAUUUCUCGCAUUUAUGGACUGCAUGAAAAGACCGGACCCAUUGAUCUUAAGUUUGAUAUCAUUUCCAAUGAACAAGAAACUCCUACUUCCACGUUCAUAAGCACUUAGAGAAAAAAAAAGGAAUUACCGUUUUGUCGGGUAAAGUCUAUUAAAGGUUGAAGGUUGAAUUAAAGGUUGAAGACAGCUUCAGAUUUCUCAACGAUUAGAUUUCUGAGAAAUCAUUUCUCCACCAUUACACGCACUCAAAUUUACUGGAAUGGUGGAGUCUCUCCUUGCUUUAGGUUUGCUGUAGUACUUAUUGAUUUUUAUAUGGCAGUUAAACUGAUGACAUACCCUUGCUGUAGUCAUAAUAUGAAAAUAAACAAGGCUCAAAGGCAAAAACAAAAA